UAUUUCAUCGUGAAUUUGAUCGACCUAGUGCCAUCGAAGAAUCUAUGCCCAACAUAUCAAAGCGAGUGCAGUAUUUUAAGGUCAGGUCGUCUAGAUUUACGACAGCUGUACUGAGUCAAUCUCUGCAGUCAAGAAAAAUCUAAUUAAAUUCGCGCAACCGUUUUAGGUUAGUGUACAACAAGGACGGGUAGACAUAGUCGGUGAAAAUAUUCAUCUAGGCCUACUAAUAUUAGGAUAGGGAACAGAGAAGUAUUAAGAUUGAUCGUGCAACACUAACACGGACAAUCUAUAUUGCAGAAUACUUGGCUACACGAGGUCAAGGAAGGUUGCUACGAGGAAGUUAAUUUCUCACGAUGCCAUGUCCAUAAUCAGUGCGACAUCUUCUGACAAUGGUUCUCGACUAUCACACUUCUAGACUGUUGAACGGAAUCUAGGGAGGGAGAUAAUCUACAUGAGAUGACUUGAAAUUAUGAUGGGCUUUCACACACGUGCGUAAAAGAGAGCUUCAUAUACGCACUCCAGGCAGUACAAUUAAGAAGACUAAGCAUCGGCCAAUACUCCAAAAUCCAUUGAACAUCAGUUUAACAUUCAUCUUUGGAAGACGCUGAAAGGAUAUAGGGCUUAUAUUUUGGAAUUGCAAUACACUAGACAAGAUGGAAAAAUCCUGGGAAGAAUCGCUUGGCUUUAACGCAAUCGCAGCAUUUCUCUUCUUCCUAGAGGUCUACCAUAUCGUUGGACAUGCCCUUAUAUUAUUCCGCAUUCGAUUACUUCCGCGAAAGGAUUUAGUACGUGUGCGGUACUACUUUCUGAUAGACGCAUUAACAGUGUUUGUGACGUCAUUUGUCUACACCGGAAGGCUGAGAUGGCUGGCUCUUUUGCAGAAUGCACAGCAUAUAUAUUUCUUCAUUACUUGGAACAGUCCCAAUGAGAAACAUUUCACAAAUAGGGUGAUAAGCUGGAGCUCCCUAGACUGGCUCAAGGACGAGAAGACCCAAUCCAGACAGGAAUGGUUUAUCUUCCUCGGAACAUUGUUUGACGUCAUAGUUCACUGUGUAAAUGCUUACAUCUUGAGUCAAUACAUGCACGCUGUUGAGAUGGUCGUUGGUUUGAGUUUGGUGAGCGUCCUGUCCUAUCUGAUCCUUUAUAACACGCGCUAUGCAUGGUCGAACCCGGACGAGGUGCCAAAAUGGGUGGAGAAACGCGUCAAGCCAGUUCCACCUCAGAACGUAGGGAACGCAACAGCAUACUUUUAAGUUCUUUCUUCUUUGACUAUAUUUAAUGUAACAAAAUGCUAUGGACGAUUUCCAGAUGCUUGAAACAAUGCAAUUAUGAACAAUUAAGUCUAGUCUUGACUUAUUUAGGUUUUGAUUAAGUAGACGGGGUUCAGAGAUAUGCUUAAAGACUAUGAGAAAUCAGCAAAUAUAUGGAAUAAGCAUUUGCAUGAUACUUUUCUACAGGGUGACAAAGAUACAACCCACUUAUUUUGGAAUAACUGAAGGAAGGAACCUUCAUGAUUUUUAU